AUGAAGGUUUCAUCCGCUGCCGUUGCUGCUGGUGCCCUCGCCAUGGGCGUUGAGGCCAAGAACUACCUUGGUUUCAACUCUGGUGCUACUCUCGCCAACCGAGAGGCUAAGUUCAAGGCCGACUUCCAGGCCGAGUUCGAGACUGCCCAGAACCUCAAGACCUCCCCCGGUGACUUCAACGCCGUCCGUCUCUACACCAACAUCCAGGCCUACUCCGAGGAUGACCCUAUCGAGGCUUUCGAGGCUGCCAUCGACACCAAGACUCAGAUCCUCCUCGGUGUCUGGACCUCUGGUACUGACUCUAUCGACAAGGAGAUCAGCGCCCUCAAGAAGGCUGUCGCUAAGUACGGCUCUGACCUGACCGACCUCAUCAUUGGUGUUUCCGUCGGUAGCGAGGAUCUUUACCGUAACUCUGUUACCGGUGUCAAGAACAAGGGUGGUGUCGGUGUCCAGCCCGAUGCUCUCGUUGACUUCAUCGACGACUUCCGCUCUGCCUUUAAGGGUACUCCCAUCGCCAAGGUUCCCCUCGGCCACGUCGACACCUGGGAUGUCUGGGGUAACGCCACCAACAAGCCCGUCCUCGAUGCCAUUGACUUCAUUGGAGUCGAUGAGUACCCCUACUACGAGAACGACAAGGGCAACAGCAUCGACAAUGCUGCUAAGCUCUUCAACAAGGCUUUCGAUGCCACCGUCGCCGCUUCUGCCGGUAAGCCCGUCUGGGUCACCGAGACCGGAUGGCCCUACAAGGGUCCUGACUGGGAUGAGGCUGUUCCUAGCGUGAAGAACGCUCAGAAGUACUGGCAGGACGUUGGCUGCAAGAGCCUCUUCAACAAGGUCCCCACCUUCUGGUACAACCUCCGUGACUCCAACCCCGACAACAAGAUGAAGUUCGCCAUUACCGAGAACCUCUCCACCACCCCCCUCUUCGACCUCUCUUGCGACAAGAUUGACGAUGAGGAGACCUCCAGCUCCGCCGAGUCCAAGACCAAGACCUCCACUGGUGCUUCCAAGGCUACCGGCGAUGCUCACUCUACCGGUACCUUCGUCACUGCUACUGCUUCCGCCACCGGUACCGGCUCUGACAGCGAGGACUCCACUGCUACCGGUACUGGCUCUCAGUCUAAGCCCACCUCUGGCUCUGGCUCCGGCUCCAGCUCUGGUGACGAUGACUCUGAGUCUGGCUCCUCCGGCUCUGGAUCUUCUGGCUCUUCCGAGUCUGGCUCCUCCGGCUCUGGAUCUUCUGGCUCCGGUUCCGCCACCGAGUCUGGUUCUUCUGGUUCUGGAUCUGGCACCGAGGCUGGCUCCAGCUCUGAGACUGACGCUGCUGCCGAGACCCCCAGCACUGUCAACGGUGCUGCUGGUUUGACCAUCUCUGCUGCCGCUAUUGCCUUCUUUGCCAUGCUUGCUCUGUAA